CAGCAAUAGUGAAUGGUGAAAUCGAGCCUAGAAGUGAUCAUCUUUCAUGACGACUUGCAACUGGAUAACGUUGAUCUAGAUUCUACCGUCGCUUCGUGAAGCAAUUGUGUUGGCUGUCGAUAUUGGAUUGGUUGUUCUGCUCUCGAAGCACGCGAUUGCAUCAGUAACGUGAGCUGACGAAAAGCACGUUUCGGAUCGAUACCCAAGGCAUUGCCGACCCCUCGACGCCAGGGAGGAUUUCAGUAGCAUCUUGGCUCUGUGGCUGCUUCUGGGGUGUCAGGAGAUACAUUGGAUAUUGUUGAAAUACUGCCAAAAGACGUCCAAGCAAAGUGGUAGACGAGUACUCCUUGUAAGUCUCAAACAGAACAUUCAACAUCGACUGGUUGAAAGAGGAUCCUUCAAUCUCGCUUAACUUCUAUGACGUAAACCACACAUCACUGACAAAAUGAAGCACUACCUGUACAUCAUACUGAUAUCCAUCAUGCUAGGCAAGCAUUACGCGAUGACACAUGUUAUUCGGAAAAGGCAGCUUUUCCGUGAACAGGUCCUCCCACAUGCCGGUGGCAAAAUUCCAGACUCGGCUUUCCACACUGAUCGCCUGGCGUUGAAUCGUUUGCAAAAGGACGGUAUAGCAGUUCCGGAUGGAGUGCUCCUAGAACAGAGACGAUAUCAGGUGUAUCCUCAUCCUCAUCGAUCAUCGCGACCGACCUUCCUAGUGGCUCAAACCCCAGAUGGUCGUUACACAUCACCCGAAGGAGCCUACAGCCACAACGGCUUGGAAACGGUCGAUAGCACCUACGCAAUUCCUAUGCCAUGGGAGAAGGACUCUCAUUACAAGGUCCCAUCAAGUGGCUACGCUUACGGCAAACCCGCCGCAGUGCCAGUGUUCAAAGAACUCCGAGUACCGAACUACUCGGUGUUCAAUUUCGAUUAUAGCAAUAUCAAGAGCAAGCUGUUGCGCAAACCUGCUUCACUUUAUCCGACGGCGGCGAUUGCCUCCGCAUACAGCCCUGCUUCCAUAAGCCAUCACCGUCAUCUUCAACCAGCACCACCAAAGCCAUCAUUGUCUGUGGUGCCGCAGAACUACGUCGCUUACCACGCAGCGCUGGGUAACCUGUUGAGUUACCAAAAUGCUGCUUCCGCGUACGGUAGCGACUGGGACAAGGACUGGGCGCCGUCCAGUGCUUUCCAUCUAAAUCAUGAUUUAUCGUCUUCACACCCACUUAACAGUUUUGAGGACUUUUACGCCGAUCCUGGCAGCAAACAACGCUUCUACCGGCAUGCGAACCAACGACCGUCGUCGUCUUCUUUGCCAUCACGACUUGCCAAAGGACGAAGACCAUCCUCACCGUCAUCAUCAUCAGGAUCAGCAUCAUCGGCAACGUCUUCGCGGACAGCCACUUGAGGCAGCAGCUCGUUAGCGAUGUUACCUUUUUUCGACUCCCGCAUCUUUCUCUACCUCCACACCACCACCCCGCUGCUUUGAACGGCUUUUGAUUUAAUCCAUGAACGGUUACACUGCGUAACAAAAAUAACAUUUUUGCGUGCCUCAAGGAUAAAAAAUUUACA